UUUAAAUUGUUUUUAAUGUGAAAUGGAAACGCACGUCGACGACGUUACUUUGUUGGCUAAAGAAAUUAAAAAGAGGAACAAAUUAUCGACGUACGAAGCACAGUAUUUGAAAGGACUACAGAUAUGUUUGAGACGCCCAGUGUUACCUCAGCACGAGAUCGAAUCUCGUGCAGGGUCUCACAUUCCUACGCAUGAGGAAAUGGAAAGAUUCCAGCAAAUCGCUUUUAUAAAAAAAGGAAGCUUUGAGCCAAGCGAGGAUAUCAGAAUUGCUAAGAAUUGGAAGAAAUUCUGCAAGAUUCACAAUUGGGAUCAGAAGAGGGUUGAACCAUUCCUGCAUUUCAGGGAGGGUAGCAAGACGCACAUUCGUAGCAAACAGGCGAGGAAGAAAUUUGUACAAUUUUUAGCUCACGGACUACCGAACAGAACUUUGUACAGCGUCUAUCACAGAUUUCGGAACUUGUACGAAGACCGUUUACAGAGGAGGUUUCAUCCGGACGAGGAUAGGAUGAUCCUGGACCAUCUGGAGCAUAAUCCGCAUUUGGAUGAGAAACGAAAGUACGCGGACCUGGCGAAAGUUCUGAAACGAACCCGAGCGUCCAUUUGGCGUCGUUACAAGAUCCUUCGAAGGCGACACGAACGUAAAUCGUCGUUAUGAACGUCCGAAGGUAUAAGGCGAAUUUCGUAUCUGUACUUUUUUAAAUAAAGUUGUUGAAGACAAGUUUUAUACCUUAA